UGGAUUAAGGCGUCCAUAAAAGAGGAUAGACAACAAUCAUCUUUUCAGAAUUUCAUAAAGGAGAGGAACAUGGUGGAGUUGGGGAACUGAGUGGACAGAACAAGAGGAAGAAUCCAGAACUAUCAUCCACUUAUUUGAUUAAGACAACACAGAUUUAUUGGAUAUCUAAAACCAUUUCCUCUGAAGUCAAAUCCUUCAGGCUUAAAUUCAUAUUGUUUUCAUUGGAUAUCUCUUAAUUCCGAAAGGUCAGAUGUCAAGAAUGCCGUCGUUAUUGUUGAAAUGCAUGCUGCUGUGUGCGUUAAUGCAUGGAACAGUGUUUUCCUGUAUGCUGAAGAAUCACACCAUAUGGAUUGAGAGGCAAGACUGCGGCCAGUGUGUGGCAAUCAACACAACCAUAUGCAGUGGCUACUGUCACACACAGGACACCAAUUUGAAAGGAAGGUUCGGAAGGAUUUUCCUGAUCCAGCGCAGCUGUGUGCCUCUCUCUCUGGUGUACCGAGCCGUCCAUGUUCCGGGCUGCCCUCAGGAUGUAAACUCACAGCUGUAUUAUCCUGCGGCGCAGCGCUGCAGCUGCAGGCGCUGCAACACGCGCUCGCACCACUGUGUCCGCACCAGCCGGGUCUCUAAAGACCGAUGCACCGUGACCCUGGGCGGUGUGAAGAACCAAACCCAGCCCGCUGUGAAAAACUGACAAUAUGCCUAAACAUGCAGUGCACAUGCAUGCUAAAUGGACGCCGAUGGACGAGUGUUUAUUUGCUCUUCAGCUGUUUAUGGUUUCGGCAAUAUGUAGCAAAAUGUACUGUUUAAAAUGCAUCUAAUUUAACUGUGAAAAGUGUGUAAAUUAAUAAAGA